AUGUCAAACGCGGAAGGGAAGUUGGUGCCGGUCGAGUGCCUCAUCUGUGCUGAGGCGUGUGAUGCGCUGGCGGUGUUCAAUUGUGGCCACUUCGUGUGCUACAUCUGCGGCCUGCACAUACACGCCAUUGACCAUGGCGCCUGCCCGGUGUGCCGCGACGCGGGGAAGACGGUGAUCGUCACGCGCCUGCUCCCAGACGCUGCGAGCGACGAAGAAAAGUUCAGCGCGGCGUCGCUACGCACAAUGAAGGAGGCGUCGGUCUUCGAAGAGCACCUGCAAUGCUACGUGCACGGCGACGCACUGGCGCGCGAAAUGGCCAAGAUGUACAAGUACGUCUGCCCUGUGCCCGCGUGCUGGCGCAAGGGGGUGCAGGAUCCGUUCUACGAGCUGCCAGUGCUACGCGAGCACCUGCGCGUCGACCACGGGCUGGAGUACUGCCCGAUCUGCCUCGAGCACCGCUCCAUCUUUCUUUGUGAGCAGCGCGUGUACAAUAAGUCGGAUCUGCCACUGCACAUGGAGGGCGUCUGCCCGCAGGACUCCACAUCGUUCUUGGGCCACCCGUACUGUGCCUUCUGCAAGAGGGCACGCUUCUACGACGAGGACCAUCUGCUAAAGCACAUGAAGCAUGAACACUUCACGUGUGAUGUCUGCAAUCGCCACGGGUUUACAUUCACAUACUAUCAAAACCGUGCAAAAUUGCUGCGACACUUUGAGAGUGAGCACAAACUGUGCGACCACCCUACCUGUGCGGCGCUCGAUCCGAUGGUGCGUGUGUUUGCGUCAGACUUGGAUCUGGCCGUGCACAAGCAGCGGGUCCACGGCGUACGCUCACGCGUAACGCUUUUCUCCGAGGCGUCAGCUACCAACCCAACGGGCAGCUCCCCUGGCGCUUCUGCUUCUGCUGCCGCUAUCAGCGGCACGGCGACAGCGGCACCCAACGCGAAUGUCCUCCGCGUUGUCUUUGACCAUGUCUCGGGGCGCGAGACGGAAGAACUCAUGCCAACGCGUAGCGCAACAAGCAACCAUAAUAAGGGGCGCCACUCCAAAAAAGGAGGAAGAGGAAACAGGAACGGCGUUAGUGCUGAGGCGGCGCCGCAUGAUGCUCCUGGGCUACCAACGCACUUUCGCACCCGCGGUGUGCUUUGCCCGCUCAUGCACACGGAGCGUCAGAAGGACACAGUGACGCGUGAUGAGCUGCAUCCGAGGGCGUUUGGGGUGUCAGAGAGUGAUGAGAGUUACAACGCCAAAUAUAAGGUGCCGUCAAACCGAGCAGAACUGCAAAGGGCACUCGACACAGUUCUGCAAGAGGAGCUGAAGGAACUGCAUCUAUUGAAUGAUUUUCGCGCCACCACGGCAGAUUUUAUGGGGGGAGGCAUGCUGGCAACGAGGUACUACGACUGUCUGCGCACUGAGUUCUUUCCGUUGGAAAGCGCCUUUGAAAAGGUGUUUCCCCUGCUGGUCGCCACCGUCCCGAUCCCGGAGCGGAAGGAAGCUUUAGUGCAGGUUGAGAAGAUGCGAAACUCCCCAGAGGUACAGCACGCCAACCGGAUGCAGGAGGAGGAGGCGAAGAAGAAGGCACAGGAGGUAAAAAUAAAGAAACAGCAUGAACUGGCGACGCUCCUCCAACAAAAAACCAACAAACGUUAUGGAAAUAAGGGCGGCGGACGUAAUGUGUGGCUCGAGCGAGGCAGUGCAGCUCUAAUCAGCCAACAACAACAGCAACAACAUUCAGCCUGGGGUCAAAACAGCGGUAGUGGUAGCGGCAUCGACAACAGAAACAAUAACAGUAAUACUAAUAGGCCAUCGUCUGCUGCUGUGUGUGCUAAUUCUUCGUGGGGUUCGGUACGGCAGCAGCAGCAACAACGAGAACCGGCACGACAAGAGCAGCAGCAACAGGCACCUUUGCUAUACACAGGGGCGGGCUACCGUGAGGACCCGGAAGACUUCCCCGAGCUGCCUUCAACAAACCCGCGCCGAGCAAUUGGCCUGCCGCAUGCCAAGCGGACUCAGCGGCCCAACGCGUGGCAACGCAGGUGA